ACAAUCCAUGAGAAAAUACAUGGCGUACUCACUCUUAGUGUGCAACGCCUGAGACAUUUUGAGGUGCACGUUGCGACAUAACACCGACAGAAAUCAGAGUAGACUCUCGUUUAGGAUAUAGAUGAUUUUAUAUUUGCUAUUUUAGCUUACAACUGGGGAAGGUAUGAGCAGUGAUGAUGAGUUUGACAGUGACGCUUACAAAGCAUAUGAGGAUCAGCUGUAUGGGGAGCAUUCUUCCUCUGGAAGUGAAGAUGAUGCAGACAGUGAAAUAGAAGAGACAAUCUAUAGCCAUGUGCAUUACGCUUCUUCUCUAUUGGUAUCAGAGAAGUCCACUCCAGAUAAGAGAACAUCAAAGAGGACAGAUGGGGUAGUUUCAGAAUCAGUUACUGAAAAAGACAAGGAUCAGUCAGACAACUCUGUGAUUGAAAUUUCCAGUGACAAUGAAGAGGACAGUGAUGAUGAUGACAACAUGGAUGAGGGCAGUGAUGAUGAUGAUGAUGAUGAGAAUGAAGGUGGAGAUUUGGUGGACAGUAAUAAUACAUGGGAGAAUUUGAAUCUAAAAUCUUCAUUUAACUAUCCAGAAAUUGUCAAUCUCUUUCCUGAUGAAAAUGUUCCAACUUCAGAAGACAAACUAAGCAAGAACUCAACACUUGAAAAGAAGAAAGGAGAGCAAGGGGAGAUAACAGAAAACUGGGACUUGAUUGAUAGGGACCUUGAGGACCCCAGAGGAGGCAAGAAACGUUCAAGAUAUUACACGCCCGGGAAGGAACUACCACAUAUGAGGUGUUUCAAUUGCAAUGAAAAGGGUCACCUGUCACAAUUUUGUCCAGAACCCAAGAAAACCAGCGUAUGCUUCUUAUGCGGAGGUUCUGGACACGUGAAGAGAUUCUGUCCGAAUGAACUCUGCUUCAACUGCCGUGAACCCGGUCACAAGUCAAAGGAUUGUAGGAUGCCCAGACGACGGCCAUUUGAUCGCUGUAACAGAUGUCAUGUGCUCGGUCAUUUUGCAGUUGAUUGCCCUGACCGUUGGAGGCAGUACCAUCUUACAAUACAAGUGGGUCCAAUAACUCGUCCUGAAAGACCUUUAUCUCCUCCGAAGUCUGUAUCUUGUUAUAACUGUGGCCAGCAGGGUCACUAUGGACAUGAAUGUCAGGAAAAAAAUGCGACUAGAAGACGAGAACUGCCAUUGCCUUUUGUUGUCUGCUACGACGGCUGUCACGCGUCUUCGUCGCUCAUGGAAAAGGAUUACGACAGAAACAAACACAAGCGUAAAUCACAAGAAAUCACGUAUCAUCAAUCCUUGUCCGAAGAGUUCUGUGAUCAACCCAGACUGCAAAAUUUCGACAUUGGUAAAAGAGUGUUUCAACCUACCCCGGGCAAAGUAAGGAAGCUUGGCGGAGGCGAAGAUCAUGAUGCUAGAAAAGUGUCUCUUUACACUGACGACUACCAAAGCAGGAACUUCGAUAAUUCACCUUAUUCAGAUCGUAAAAGGAAAAGGAAAAGGCAGAAGGAUAAUGAAACGAAUGGAAGGAAUGAGCGUUUUGUUGAGAUUGUAGAACUCGAUCUCUCGGAGGAUGGCCUGGCAGAGGAACCGUAUCAAGUAAAUAGAAGGAAAAAGAAAAAGCAAGGAAAACAGCAUUGGCGAGGCGAGGAAAGUCUUGACGACAACUUUGACAAUCGACCGAUAAAUGCCCGAAGUAAUUCACAUCAAAAAAACGACAGAAGAUUCCAAAACCCGCGUCACAAGAGAGAUUUCAAGCACAGGUCUUUCCACGACGGAGAGUUUGACACUAGAAAUACUUCAUUUGAGCAAACGAGAGACUUCAAUUUUACGUCCCGCAGAGGAUUUCGAUUUGACAAUGAGAAGCGUGGAAAGAAAUCUAAUGCGCAAUUCCUAAAGAGAUAUACUUUUUGAACUGUGAAUAUAUAUUUGAAUGACCUUUUGACGAUUUUAUUUGCACCUUUAACCAAGUUUCGUUUUUAAGCUUUUAGUCUCCAAUCCUCAGCUAAAUCUGUAUUUAUCUCAGAAUUUUUUAUGAUGUUUCAAAACAGUAUUACGAUUUAUUGGAUAAGUUUUUACCUGCAACUGACCAGAGACUAUUUUGUUGGCGUACUCAAAUUUCGACCUUCACAAAGGACAUCCUUACAUUUGAAUAACGGCAACGAAUUUUAUUAAACGAUCAG